AUGGCUCCUAGGCUCAUUCGGAUUCGUACAAAUCCGUAUAAAUAUGCAGAAGCUGUGAAGAUCCAGAACAAAUUCAACUACACAAACAGCUCCAAUCAAUUCAAAAUUGAGGCUGGAAUAAGGAAAGGCGAUAAGGAAAAGUUUAUAGAAUAUAAAAAAAAGAAUAAAAAUGAUGAAGACAAAAUUAUUGAAGAAUGCCAGCUGGGAGAAGCGGGAGAAUACAGAAAACUUAUAAAUAAAGAGAAACCCACCCCUGGAGUGGUCGAGGCAGACCACAUUCCACCAAGGAGCAGUUUACAGAAACUUUGUAAGAUACUCAAAAAUAAUCCAGAAAAGGCGGAGUCAUUCAAAAGAAACAAUAAAGCACUCUAUGAUUUAGUGACUGAGGAGGAUAAGAAAAUGAAGAAUAACAAUAAGAUGGAUGAAGAUUAUGGAAGACAUCUGCUUUCCAUGAACGCUCUGCACUGGGACCAUCGACGUGCACUGACUACUGGCAACAGUUCUGAAUCCAGAGCAUGCAGAGAUUUGCUGACAGAGACAUUUGAAAAAGAUGUGGAGAAAGGACUGAAGCUGUCAUUAAUAAUGGCCCACCCCCAAACCUCAGACUACAUCCGGGAAAAAAUGAAUCGAACCCGUAAAUCUAGCAACAAGGAUUAUGGACUGACAGCAGAAAGUACUAGGAAAUACUACAAACAAGGAUUUGAGAAUAUUAUAAAGGAAUACGAAAAGAAAAAUGUGAUCAACCAAAACCAAGCAGAUGAUCUGAAGGAGUGGGUGAAAAAUGAGAGAUAUUUAUGCAGAAAUGCACAAAAGCAUGUAAAAGAAAUAACUGGGUUUUACAAGCAGCACAACACCAGGACCUUACCCUCUCACAGCCGCGGCCAGGGUUCAAUUCCCACACAAGGAAAUAACACAGACACUGUAGGAUUAACUCUCAGUGCCCGUCCUAACCUCAGAGAAAACAGGAAGGGCGUGGCAAAAAGCAAAUCUGCCAGGAAACCUGUGCCAGAGAAACAUUCAGACAGGAAGACCAAAAGAGAACUUUAGUUUUAGAAAAAAAAAUAACAACUGGAGAAAAUUAGAUUAACAUUUACUGUAUGUUGACUGACCAACCUGAAUAUUUAGCACCUAGCUAACUCAUCAUUUAAAGAGGAAAAGAAUUAUUCACUUGUUCAGAGAGAGAGAGAGAGAGAGAGAGUGAGUUUUACAGAUAAAAUCAAUAGUUAAUCAUUUUAGACUUUUAUCUGUUAG